AUGGGCGCGCGCGAUGGAGGACUCGGAGGGGACGCGGUGCGGGCGAACGCGUCGAGGCUGUCGGCGCUGGAGGCGUUGCCGAGGGACUGUUUGUUGUACGCGUGCGGGUUCAUGGACGCCGCGAGCGUGGAGACGCUCGGGCGGUGCUCGAGGACGAUGCGAGAGGUGACGCUGGAUGAUUCGCUGUGGAAGACUCUGUGCGAGGCGCGGUGGCGAAUGCGGCCGGCGAAGACGUGGGCGCGGAGCGCGAGACUUCCGUUCGCCUCCACGUUCGGGACGAGCGCGAACGUCGACAGACCGAACGCGCGGAGAGGUGGCGGUGGAUGGCGCUCGGCGUACAGGGAGCGAUAUUCUACGAGAGGUGUCGCGAUAGUCGCGGCGAAGCGCGUUAUUCGAGUCGAUUGUGCCGCUUUGGGCGGCGUCAUGCAAACGAGCGCUUUGCAGCGCGUGAUGAACAACGCACAAGCGGGCGACGUCGUCGAGCUCGGUCCGGGCACGUACGAGGGUUCGCUGACUAUUCCCAGAGGGAUUGAACUCUUGGGCGUGGGUAAGCGCGAGGAGAUUCGCGUCGUGAGCGACGAGCAGCCGGCGCUGAUAACGGCGCGCGCGCUGAACAACUCGCACGGCGCCAGCUCGUUGGUGACAAAUCUCACGCUGUGUCGAAAGAGCUCGACCAAGCGCGGGAGUCUAUCCGGCGAUGGACACCAGGCGUGUGUGUACAUCUCAGAUGGGUCGCGAUUGCGCUUGGAUAGCUGCGACGUGAUCAGCGCGGGCGAAGGCGUCGUGGCGACGGGCACCGACUCCAUCGCGCAAGUGCAUGCGUGCAACAUUAACACCGUGCUAAGCUCCUUCUUAACGACGUCAGGAGGCUCUCUCACGGCGUGUAGGAUCACGGCGGCGAUGACAGGCUCCGAGAGCGGACAUGAGGAUGAAGAGCUGGAUGAAAUUGAAGUCUUGUCCUCAUCUCGCGGGUACAACGGCUUGUUUGCCGCCGUUUCAGCCUUGUCUGGCGACGUCGAGAUCAUGAACAAUCGCAUCGUGAACGGACACGCUCACGGCGUGGUCAUGUUUGACCGCGCGCACGGUGAGAUUCACGAUAAUCUUAUCGCGAAUAACGUCGGCGCGGGCAUUUCGAUCGGUGUGUCGUCCACGGCGAACAUCUCAAACACCAUCGUCGCAAACAACCGCAGCGUCGGCGUCGCCAUGUGCGGUCGGGGUCGCAUUCAGAACUCAGAGGUUCGCGGGAACGCUUUCAACGGGAUCGAUAUCUCUCAGCGAUACACCACUCGAGAUUACUUCACUGCGCACGCGGAUGAGUUCGAUGAAGAACUCGAUCUUGAGGAAGAGUUCUCGGCGUUCUUGAUGGAUUUGGACACCACUAACGAGAGCGAUGACGGAGAAUCUGGGGAGAUUGACGUCAUCGUCGAAGGAUGCCACAUCUUGGCGAAUGCGAACGACGGUGUGUCCGUUUCUGGUGGAGCAAACGUCGAUAUCUUCGGAUCAGAGCUCAGUGGGAACUUUUGCAACCUCGCCAUCGAUCGUGGAAAUGUGAGAUGGAGCCGAGUCACGGCGGAGGGGCACGGAGAACAAAUGGUCGACCUAUCCGACGCGGUGGGCAUACGCAUCGCUGGUAUGCAUUCGACUCUACUUCCGCUUCCCUCUUCGAGACCAGCGACGCCGUUGAAACGCGAGACAUCGCAUGGGAUGAUCAAGUCACCAAAGUUCCGUCGAGUCAUUGACUUUGACAUUCAGGUUCAGGACCAACAGAUCACCAUCGUUACGUGA